GAUGCCCUUCUUUGCGAUUCCACAUAGUGAGCCGGCUGUAUCCUUACAUGGAGACACGAGAAGGACAACGAAUUAUAAUUGUGACAGUGUCGGAUGUUUGUAUUUGGACCUCGUAGUUCCAGCACGAUGCUAUCUUUAAUUUAUUUCCGAAGCUGGCCGGUGGAUUCAAUUGUCAAAAGUCCGUAUUUUUGAGCGGGACGCACGCACCAUGCACAUAGCGGACGUAGCUGUAUUUCUGUUUGUAGUAGUGAUCAUCGUUGUAUCGUUGCUGUCCAACGUGGUGGUGGUUAUCUGCUUUCUGUACAACCCGGAGAUUCGAAAGCAGGUUCCCGGGUUGUUUAUCCUCAACCUUACCUUCUGCAACCUGUUUCUUACCGUUUCUACCAUGCCUCUAACUCUGGUCGGAGUUAUCAACCAAGGAAACCCUGGAAGCGGUGGGUUCUGUCAAACUGUGGGUUUCCUGGACACUUUUCUCACCACGAACUCAAUGCUCAGUAUGGGGGCUUUGAGCAUCGAUAGAUGGGUGGCGGUGGUUUUUCCGCUAAGCUACCACUCCAGAAUACGACACCGGGACGCAGUGAUAGCUCUGGCAUACACGUGGUUACACUCGCUCUCCUUCUCCACGGUGGCCACUUGCCUCUCCUGGGUUGGGUACCAUCACCUUUACGCAUCCUGUACGCUCUGCAAUGUGAGAGCAAGUGACACUAAGACGCAGUUCAUCAUCUACACUGUGGUUUUACACUCGCUCACUUUUCUCAUGACCUUGAUUGUGUUGUGUGUAACGUACCUGAAAGUGCUGAAAGUUGCGCGUUUUCACUGUAAACGCAUCGACGUGAUCACUAUGCAGACCGUAUUGCUGCUUGUGGAUAUUCACCCGAGUGUGCGCCAGCGAUGCCUGGAUGAGCAGAGACAGCGGAGGCAGAGAGCCACCAAGAAGAUCAGCACAUUCAUUGGAACGUUUGUGGUGUGCUUUGCCCCCUACGUCAUUACGAGAAUUGUGGAGCUCUCCACCCCAGGACACAUAAGCCCUCAUUGGGGUGUCCUGUCCAAGUGUUUGGCCUACAGCAAGGCAGCAUGUGACCCUUUUGUCUACUCACUGCUCCGAAACCAGUACAGGAAGACAUGCAGUGACCUGGCCAACAAGAUCUUGAAGAGGAGCUCCUUUAACUCCUCCGUCCGCAGGGUGGAGAAUGGCAGGGCUACCGAUACCAGCAACACCAAUCCCACCCAGUGAAGGGCCUUGCUACUGCCUGACUAUGGCAAGAUGGAGACAUUGAGGUACCUACAUACCUAAGUACUGAGUCAUGGUUGGAGAGUGGAGAGGGUUGAACAGACCUUAGAAGAGAUUGCUGCUAUGUAUCGAUUUCGUACUUUUGCAAUUUUGAGUGUGGUUAAGUGUUGCUCUGUUUUCUCAUGGUGUGACAUGAGUGAGAAAACGUGACAAGUCAUUAAAUGGGAAGAUAUGGCAGAGCGUCAUAUGGGUCAUGAAUUACUGUUGCUAAGCCAGUGAGUCACUUGUAGUUCAUUUAAGUAUGUUAAUUAGUGUAAAAUGUUUUCAUUCCAACUGAGUGGUUUUGACAGAGUGAUGUCAAGUUGUACCACAUAUGACUUUAGAUAAGACAAUUUAGAUUUUAACAUAUGUUGUUAGUCUAGCAACACCACCAGGAUUCACUAUUCCUGAUGGUUUUUAUUGUAACAUUUCAUUACAACCCGCGCUCAUAUUUUAUAACAUUGUUUAGUUGAUUGCAGUGCUUGAACUCAAAUGUUCUAUUGCUUGAGUUCCUACACCUCUUGUAGAAUAUACAGAAUAUUAGCUCAAAAGUAUUGUGGAGUGCCUGCACCAUAUAAACAGUACCAGAACCCCAAAUGAGUACCAGCACCUAUUUAUGUCCAAGUCGAGAACUGGUUGAUUAGUCAUAACUUGGUUAGAAGAUAUUGCCACCUGUUUGAAGUCUGAGCCCAAUUAGUUGGUGUGCACAGUAGCAUGCCCUAAUUAUGACUCAGCUAGCUAAGAUGAUGUAGCUGCAGGCCAAAAGCCUAGGGGAGAGUGCCCUUAAAAAAAGAAAUCACAUGAAAAAACAUGAAAAAACACGUGGUUUUCGGACACCUGUGAAGAUUUGCAUGUUAAUAUUUCACAUAAAAAGAAUAUCCCCAACUGUCAAUUUUAUUUACCACUUCCAGCUACAUCUGGUCUCCCACCCAGUGAACGAUCCUGCUUAGUUUUAGAGGCAAAGCAGUAGUGGGAUGCAGGGUUCUACAGUGAAAAAGUAUUUGCCCCCUUUCAAAUGUUCUACAUUUUUUCAUAUUUUUA